UUUAGUAGAAAGCGCAUUAUUCGAAAGGAUGAAAUUGGCGUUUGUUACUGGUUCGAAUAAAGGCCUUGGUUAUGGUAUAAUUAAAAGGCUUGCAAAAUUUUAUUCUGGAGAGUGGGACAUAUACCUGACAGCGCGAAAUGUUGAACGCGGUCAGGAGGCUGUUGAAAAGUUAAAUAAAGAAGGUCUUUCCGUGAAAUUUCACCAAUUGGAUAUAACGGUUCCGGAGAGCAGAAAAGAAUUUCUGUCCUACAUAGCAAAAAAUCACCCUUUAGGCAUCAACGUAGCUGUAAAUAAUGCAGGGAUUGCAUACAAAGUUAACUCAACAGCUCCAUUUGGAGAACAAGCGAGAGUUACAGUUGGAACCAAUUUUACAUCUACAGUUGACUUCACGGAGGAGUUCAUUCCUUUAUUAGCCGCAAAUGCUAGAGUAGUCAAUGUUACUGGGAGUAUUUUCCUGCCUUCUCUGAAGAAGAUGAAUAAAGAACUAUACCAGAAAAUUCGUGGCCCUAUGACCAUUUCCGAACUCAGAGAAUUUAUGGCAGAGUUCGUAAAGUGUGCAGAAGAUGGUACGUAUUCUGAUAAGGGUUGGCUACCGAACGCUUAUGCUGUUUCGAAACUUGGUCUUACUAAAGCAUCGCAAAUCUUUGGUGACAUGCUGAAAAGUGAUGCUAGACGUAUCAUAUUUAAUUCGUGUUGUCCGGGAUAUGUGAACACUGAAUUAACCAGUCACAAGGGGGUUAAAACAAUUGAUGAAGGUGCAGAUACACCGUUUUACUUGGCAACUUUACCACCUGAUGCCCAAAUUCCAAUCAAUCAGUUUGUGUAUGAUCGGAAAGUGAUCGCUUGGUGCAAAUGAAUGUAAUACUCAUAGCAGCUGGUUGCAAUUAUAUCUAUACAUAUAUAUAUAUAUAUAUAUAUAUAUAUACUUGUGUAGACGUCCUUUUGUGUAUUUUCGUAUAAUCGUGUUCUACUAGUAAUUUUAGUAAAAUAAAUUAUUCCGAAAUUAAACAAUACGCAGUGG